UCAUUUGAAGAGAAUUCUGAGAAGAGCUUGAUUCUGAGAACAGCAGCUCUAAGAAGCUUAAUUCAUAGUAUCUCUUCUGUGAUAUAUCUGAGCUCUGCUCAGAAUACUGCUGAGUUGAGUCUGCAGAGUUCUGCAGUUUCUUUAUCUUCUCUCUGUAGAGAGGCUCUGAUGCAGUCUCUGACUAAUAUUAUUACUUAUCUGCACUGUGCUAAGCAGCUGAAGAAGAGAAGAAUCUUAUACACUUAUCUCUUCUCUCACUUCUAUUAUUUUCAUUGCAUCUGUAAUAAUAACUUCUAUCUCUCUAUAAGUAUUAUCUACUCUACAAGAUAUUGU